GCUUAGUGAAUGUGUGUAGGACGAUGAUGUAAAAGGCAGUAACGCCUGAGUCUGGACUCAUAAACUGUUAAACGCUCAGAGGGGCUAAAAUAAACGGAUAUUUAUUUAGUUACCAAGUUUCACUUCUGUACAGCAGCUCGUUUUUUGGGCAUGGAGAAAUCAAAGCAGGAUCCCUUCGACAAAGCCAGACUGCAUGUGAUCAAGGAUGGCUAUGAGCGAGCGUUCGAGUGCAUUAACAAAGCUCUUUCUGAGGAUGAGGCGGGACACGCGGCACAGGCUCUGGAGCUUUAUCGCCAAGGACAUCGGCACCUCCUCCGUGCUCUCAGCGUGCCCACGCAGGGAGACGAGUGCUUCGGCGCUCAGUGGGAUUCGGCAAGGCAGAUGCAGCAGAAGAUGCAGGAGACUCUGAACAACAUCAUGUCUCGAUUAGUAGUGCUGGAGAACAGCACAGCUUCCUCAGCUCCUACUCCAGUACCCUGCAGACCAGGGAACGAAGCAUCUUCUUCGAACCUCUACCCUACACUCCCUACAAGACCUCAGCCACCCAAGGUUCUGUUCCCCAGUGGGCAGUCCUCAGGAAGCGAACAUCCUCCCGCGUACUCACCGCAAGCUGCCGAUGGACACGUCAGUAUUUCAUAUGGAACAGCUGCAGGAGAGCUGUCUUUAGUAGGGGACGAGUUCUACAGCCACACGUCCAGCUCCAGUGCUUCUCCACAGAUCCUGGGGGAAGACGGAGAGGAGCUGUUUUUCCUGCCCAACGGUGUCCAGAUUUUCUUUGUCACCUCUGAUGGACAAGUGAGCGCACCCUCUUACCCAGGAUACCUGCGCAUCGUGAAGUUCACCAAUGACUACUCAGAGAUCACGCCCACCAGGCCACCAGCCUUCCUACAGGUGUGUGACUGGCUUUACCCCCUCAUGGCCACUGACUCUCCAGUGCUGCUGUGUAACACAGGAGUCUACAUGUUCCCUGAUCUGAUGGCUCCAUCUCCGGGGUACUACGUGGGCGUGGUGCUGUCCUCCGAACUGCCCCUUUCAGAUCGGAACCUCUUCCAGAAUGUCCUGUCCCAGCUGACGGACCUAAGAGUCCAGCCGUCCGAAGAAGCAGCAGACACCAUUAACCUGCCUCAGAAGGUGCCCAUAGAGCCAGCUGUGCCUGAGGUGGCGCCCUCUGCUGAGGAGGAGAAUGAACUGCCAGAGUGGAGCGAGAAAGUGGCUCAUGGGAUUCUUACAGGAGCUUCCUGGCUGAGCUGGGGAUUAUCGAAGGGAGCCGAGUACACAGGGAAGGCCAUCCAAAAAGGAGCAUCCAAACUGAGGGAACACAUCACACCCGAUGACACGCCGACCCAAGUCAGCCCUACGGUCUCCAAAAGCCUUCACGUAGCCAAGCAGGCCACAGGAGGAGCCGUGAAAGUUAGCCAGUUUCUGGUGGACGGGUUGUGCAGCAUUGCUGGCCACGUGGGCAGAGAGCUGGCGCCUCAUGUCAAGAAACACGGCGCUAAGCUGAUCCCAGAGUCUAUGAAGAAAGACAAGGACGGACGAUCCAACAUCGACGGCGCCAUGGUCGUAGCUGCAAGCGGAGUUCAAGGAUUUGCCACGAUGUGGACAGGCCUGGAAACCGCAGCUAAGAACAUCGCAAAGAGCGUCGCGACCGAGACCGUCACCACCGUCAAGCACAAAUUCAGGGGUCUUGAGAACAUAUCUGAUUCCCCGAAUGAGAAAAAGUAUGGGGCAGAAGCAGGGCAGGCCACAGACCACGCCGUCCACUCCGCCAUGAACAUGGGCAUCACCGCCUUCAACGUCGACAACCUGGGCAUCAAGGCCAUGGUGAAAAAGACGGGGAAAGAAACGGCACACGCCAUUCUGCAAGACUACAAAGUGCAAGACGGGGCGGAGGCGAAGGAACAAGAGGAGAAGCCCAAAGAGCAGAAAUAGACUGCCGUCACGUAACGGACAGGGUUCUGCUUUACACAGAAAAGAAACAAAGCUUCAUGCUGCAGUCUGAAUGUACGCAGGUUUACCAUCAUGGUGGACUAAAUACUGACCUGCUUUGGUUUGGUUUAUUUAUAAAAAAAGAAAUAAGCUCGUUCUCUUUCUUUAUUUACCAACAUGCUGCCUAGAAAUUCAAGUCUGUUUGGGUCUAUUUUUAUACAGACAAAUUCCUCUUUAUAAGAAGCCUCACAGAUUUUAAAGAACUCUAUCUAUCGUUGCCUUAUUCUGAUCGCUGUGAAAGUCUAAUAGACUAAACAGUAAUCUGUUUGGUCUUUAUUCAUCAGUAAAAUUGCUUUUUCUUUUGCUUUUGCUUUUGUUCAACUUUUCCUCUUGCGUCAGGUCAGAAAGCUCUGAAAUCUGAGCAUAACAUUUGAACAAAACAUGAUUUGUGGUUAAAACAAAUGUAAUUAAAAGCAGGUUGUAUAAUAAGCUGAAUAUUAAACGUUUUAGAAGCCUUUUGCUAAGGCCAUAAUGAAGCGUGCUUAUUAAAGUUCAACUAAGGCUUGAA